AAGCUCGCUUGGAUUUCAGUUAUUUUUACUCUUUCUAGCGAUAACUAUCUGAUGAAAUAAAAGUAGUUAUUUUUUGACAUAAUUUUGUACGUUUGUAGUUUUAAACCAGUAAACUUCAGUUACUUAUAAACUAAUAGUGAUUUUAUAAAACAACAGUCUAAUUUCCUUUGUUCAAAUAAAUUCAAAGUGCUUCAAGCUGAGCGACGUUGCCGUUCCGCUAUACUAGUUUUGGGACAUCGAAAAGUAAUACUUGCGUUGAUAUUUUGUUGUUUUUUCUUGUUGGCCAAAUACUUUAAUAUUAUUUCUGUGGAAUAAACAAUAAGUUAUGAUCAAGUGUCUUGAAAUGUGUAAAUCUGAACGUUCUCAAAUUUCUGAUGCAAUAACCAUUUGGCAACAGCGCACGGAAUCGGAUUGAUACCAGCCAUCUAGAUGUAUUAGCAAAGCACACGAAAUUGUGACUUAUCCACAUAAAUCUUCAGUUCAUGAGGUACUAGGGCCGCCGCGCCCGGUCGCGCACUCGGGACGGACGAAGGGGGAAUCGGCAGGCACAUACAACGACUACACGCCGCUGCUGCCCACUGCACUUAUUUAGGUGCCGAUUCACCCUCCGCUCGCAAAAAGCCCGACGAUGCAGAGAGCGGGCGCGAGGCACCCGGAUGCUAGCCCGUCCACCUCCGAGGCCAUGGAGGAGCACUACGCUACGCUCAACGAGUACCUGCAGAUGGAAUACAAGUUCCAGCCGAGACUGUGUCUGCCUAAUGAAUCAGAGAGCGGGGAAGUAACAACUGGGGCCCGCGACGGUGCGGCCCACGUGAUGCGCUGCCUCAAAGUGUGGUACGACUUGCCUACCGAAGUCCUUAUCGACGCCGUCAGCCUAUUCGACAGGUUCCUAACCAAAAUGAAGGUGCGUCCCUGCCACGUGCCGUGUAUCACAGUCGCCUGCAUGAACAUCGCCAUCGACCAACACGCGGCUCACACUAAAGAGGCCCGCAAGGUCUCUGUAGAGGAGCUGGUAUCAAUCUCCCAGUCAGCAUGCACGGCGGGCGACGUGGCUCGCAUGUCGCGCGUGGUGGUCGACAAGCUAGCACUAGCGCCUGGCACGCGCGCCGUCACCGCGCGCGACUGGCUGCGGCUGUUCGCGCACCUGCUGCAGCCGCACUGUCCCACACCACCCGAGGAAGCGGAGCUGCUGAAGCUGCUGGAGAUCGUGGUGUGCGACGCGGCGUGCGCCAACGCGCGCACGAGCGAGCUGGCGCUGGUGGUGCUGUACCACCACCUCGAGGCGCGCCUGGUGGAGCUGGCCCGCAGCGCGCCGCUGCCCGACCAAGCCUACCAGCUGUUCGAGGUCGGCGCGCAGCUGCAGCAAUACUGCCAUAUGUCGGACGCGAUGCUAGUGAGCACGCGGAGCCGCGUUCAACACGUCCUGGCGCGCUACGAAGCGCGCGCCGCCGCGCCGCAGCGCCAGCGCCUCGUGUGGCGCCUGUCCGAGCGCACGCUCAAGGUGCUGCGACCGACAGACCGCCUUGGCUCACUGCUGCCCACCAUCGAGGAACAACACUAUGCCGUGGAGGCCACGCCCAACAGAAACAGAUCCGGCAGUGAAAGUAGCGAGAACGAGGAGACCUGUGACUGGCCGCGCAGUCCCGUGCUGCCCGUCUACUGCGACCACUGAGCCACCAGCACCCCCCGGGGCCCCUCGACUACUGCAUAUGUAGCACUACCAACUGUCCCAAUACGUCUGCAGCAAGCCAGGUCCUUACAGCUGCCACGAAUAGAAUGAACGAACCUUUGAUUAUAUGUGUGACACCAGCCAGCCUAGCCGAAUGACAAUCCUUGACGGUAGGAUCGAAACAAAAACAAACAAAAAAAUGUAAUACAGUCAUAAGUUAAAAAAAAAAAAACGAAGUCUGGCUCUGUUGCUCCAAUAAGGAAGAUCGAUAGAGAUAGAUAGCUAUGUACCCUGUAUCGAUAUAACUGUCGAGAGCCACCAUUUUAUUAGUUAAUGUGUCACACAUGUGCAUAUUUUCAUACGCAUUCGUUCUAUUCGCCAGCUCUUGUGAAACUGUACAAACGUAGUUAAGUUCCCAUACACAAAACAAUACGGCGUAAGUGUUUCAUACAAAACUUGUGUUUAAAAUGAGAACGAAACUUCGUUUUAUAUGGUAGUGAACGGCCGAACUUGCUGCGAGACUUGCAUUUGUAAGGAACGUUGUUACAUAUUUUUUUAAUGAUCUGAUGUGGAUGUGAGGCCCCUUGCAGUUAACGUCUGGCACUGGCCUAAGGCCUAUAUUACACUAACAUAGACAACAUGCCGUCCUUCUUCUUCACGUUGGAGAAAAAGGGAGGCAUACUGACCUAUGAUGAGUGUACUAUCGGCCUAUGUGGCUUAACUAGGGGCUGCACUUUUCCAAGUCUCCACUUUCCAUCAAUCGGUUUUUAGAGUUAGUUCCUAAAUGUGUAUUAAGGAUAUUUAUUUUGACGAGCGAAGUGCAGUCCGUAGUACCUCAGUAUAGUUGUGUCCGGUAUAUAAGGCAGCUUGUACGUCAGCUGAUGAAAGUAUGUGAUCCCAAUUUUGAAAAGUCAAAAGUCCGUGAUCCUGAGAGGCGUGUUCCGAGUAUUUAGUCUUUUACGAUAUGUCACUGUGUACACUGAAUAUUUUUGUUAGUCUAAAAAUUGAAGGAAGUAAUUCCGACUUAAGCAAAAACUAAUUUUUGUAAGUAUAAACACAGUGAGGUAUCGCAGGAGACAGUAAGUUUAGUUUAUUGGUUAAGACAUGGUCUAGUGCCAGUUUAAGCGUGUUUUAACGUUUUUUAAACGAAAAUAGGUAAUUUUUCUACAAAUUUACAGUUUUAAGAUUAAAUAGUGCAAUUCAAGUCGAAAUUUGUCUUGACAUUUUUGGAGUAUUAUUGAAUUUCGUUUAUUGCAUGUGUCCCGGGCGCCGCUUAUUCCAAAGACGAAGUCAUACAGGCGCAAAUAUAUACUUAAACGUAUUAAAUACUUAGAUUAAGUUAAACAUUUCUUCUCUUUAUUAUUUUUCCUUGGUCGCGCUCGUAUGGCCGAGUCAUAUUGUAAACUAAUAUCAGUCUCUUAAGCUUUAUUAAAUUUAAUUGUAAUUAAUAGUUUUUAUUUCGAGUGAGCGGCGACCGAGUCGCCCAUAGCUUUCUACUGUGAUGAUUUUUAUAAGAAAAUGUUGAAAGAAAAUUCCAUAUUGCGUAGUUGUUAAGGAUACCCAUGCGAGACAGCGCGAGUGUGAUGUAACGAUAUCCACCGAAAUGAAGUGUAUGAAAAGUAAAUUAUUUACUAUAAUAUGAUAAUUAAUAUAUUUUCUCUUUAAAUACCACUGACUAACUCUCAAAUGAAGAGUUUCAAAAUUUCAUAACAUUUAAUCUAAAACGUUGGCAUUAUUAUUUUCAUUUAUUUACAUUAUUUUAUAGCUUAAUAAUAUAUCUUAUAAAAUAUUUCGAUUAUUUCAUAAUUAUGUCUAGCUAUAAACGAAUAAAUGACAAAAAAAUUACAAAUCUUUGAAAAAAUAAAAAAAAUGAUCUCAGGUAAAGUUUUCAAUCUGUCGCGAAGUAUCAAGAAAAUAAAUAAAAAAAAAACAAAUGUAAAAGCGUGAGCGGCGUGUCUAUGGUUUGCAUUUUGUCGCUUUUCAAAAAACGCACGCCGCUCGCGCUUAAAAAAUCUUUCUAAGAUUUUAUAACGUAGCCUUAAACAGAGUCAUGUAUCGUGUGUAGUGAGGUGAAAAUGUGUCUUAAAAAAUGUAAAAAAAAAAUGUCCAAAAAUCUUAGUAGCUAGUAAAACCUGUGAUUAAGUCUUAUCAAUAAUGUUUCACUUUUUGAGCAUUUUUACUGGUGCAAAAAUCGAGAAAUAAAUAUUAAUAAGAGUUAAUAUGAUACUAAUGUCUUUCUAUCAAUAAUUUGUAAAGACAUGAAAUAUUGCUUUCUCUUUAGAGCGAAACGUGUUACAAAUACUACAAAUUUUCAAACAUGUUUUUACAAGUUAUUUUGUUCUAUCUUCUGAAUAUGAUUAGCUUAAGUGUAAAUUGGCAUUUUGUGUGACUGGAUACAGUAUUGAAGACUCGACCACUGAAACUAACACUAUCGUCAUCUAUAAUUUGAACAUAUGAAUCAAAACUGUGCCUACAAGGUAGGGAUGUCACGAAUGUCGCAUGUGUCACAUUCGCGAAUGCGAAUGCGAAUAUUCAGAAUGCGAAUGUGCGAAUGCGAAUGCGAAUAUCGCUGAAUUUCAUAAAAAACCAAAAUAAAAACCAA